UUUUCUAGUACUUUGUAAAGGACCGUGCGCUGCCUGCCCGCAUCCCAUACGUGCUGAGAGGCGCUUGUCCGCCGGCCCACAGCACGUGCUCUACUCAAUAGCUUCCUUUCCACCACGUGGCCCCCAAAACUUGCAGUCUCAGUUUAAAGGCAACGUACAGAAAAGUGGGGAAGGCACAGAAAAGUGAUGGCUCAACCAGAAGUGAAUUCCAACUGCAUGACAUCUGAUAGAGCUGAGAACAUUGGAAACCAAAGUGAUGAUUCAACGCAUAGCAGCUUAUUUAAAACACAGUGUGUUCCUUCAUCUACACAAAAGCAGAGAAACCCUACUGUAAAAUCUGUUAUUUCACCUGUGAGUCUGGACACUGAUUCAUCAAGUGACUCCUCUAUAGAACCAAGGCCUUUGACUUUAAAGGCUAUUUUUGAAAGAUUUAAGAAAAAGAAACGGAAGAGGAAGAGGAAAAAGAGAAAAUAUAAGCCAAAGUUAAGACCAAGGGAAAGACCACCUGGAACAAAAAACAACAGAAGGCCAAAAAUAGAUAAGAAACAAAUUAAAGACAAAGGAGCUAUGUUUCCAGUCUUAGAAUCUGAAAAUGGAAAAGAGCCAUUACCUUGGAAAAAAAUAUUAACAUAUGAGCAAGCUGUUGCAAGAGGGUUUUUUCACCAUAUUGAAAAACUCAAGUAUGAGUACCACCUUACAGAAUGCUUGAAGCAAAUGCAUGCUGGGGAAGACUUAGAAAAGGAAGACCUUGACAGCCGUAGAUACAAGUAUAUGGAUGAUGAUGGUCCUCUUUCUCCUAUUGAAGAGCCAUUAACAGAAGAUGAGGCAACAAAUCCUGAAUCUGAAUGUGAUAUCAAAUUGGUCGAAGGCAGCUGCUUCAUAAUAAGCUCAGAAUUCCCAAGGAAGAGAAAUUUAGAACAAGAGAAGAGUAAGAAAGAAUCCACAUUCUCUAAAAAAGCCCAGUUCAAAGAUACCGCACAACACGGAAGGACCUGGAAAGGAGAUGAACAUGUGAAUACCAAAGAAGGUAAAGAACACAAGUGAUUGUGUAUGCCAACUAGAUGAAGAAACAGAUAAGGCCCUGAAGAAUCCAGUCUGGGAGCAAGGCUAAAACUGCUGGGGAAAGCUAAUAAUAAAUACUUAGUACUUUUUCAGUGCUUGAUUUCUAAGAGACCUUAUAAGGUUUCCUGUAGCAUUAAAGCAAGUGUGAUUCUGAGUCUGGAAAGAGCAUGCUAAGAAAGUCCCGCACAUGGCUAGUUUCAGGAACUUCAGCCUCUUUAGUGCUUGG